AACGGCGAGCAGUCGCAAGCCCGCAACACGAGCUGGCUGUUCCCACCGCCGCUGCUCCAGCGUCCUCCAAGUCACCAAGGCUUCGCUAGCUCAAGCUUCCCACACGCCAGUCAAGUUAGCUAGCAUUCCUGCAUGGCGUCCGAGCAGCAGCACCUCCCCGCCGUGCCGAGGUGGACGCCGAGCCCACCGCAGCGGCAAGGCCACGCAGCCGACGACGAGGAGGCGCACGACAACGCGGCCUCCGUGUUCGGUGCCUCCAUGCGGAGCACCGACGGGUUCCCAUUCGGCAGCGGGCGCUCGUUCCCGCCGCCGCCGUUCCCGAUGCCGCAGCCGUCGCUGGAGAUCAGCGUGGCGGAGAACGGGAACGGGGGCGCCUUCGUUCGCGAUAAGUCCCUGCGCCGGACGGACCAAGGCGUCGUGAUCGCUUGGGAGGAUCUUUGGGUGUCCGCCGGCGGCGGCAAGGGCGCCCGCUUGCCCAUCCUCUGCGGCCUCAACGGCUACGCGAGCCCCGGCGAGGUCCUCGCCAUCAUGGGCCCGUCCGGCUGCGGCAAGUCCACCCUUCUUGAUGCCUUAGCAGGAAGGUUAGGUUCUAAUGUGAGCCAGAAGGGAGAUAUACUGAUCAAUGGCCGGAGGCAGAAGCUAGCGUACGGGACAUCAGCGUACGUGACGCAGGACGACGUCCUGAUGACGACGCUGACGGUGCGCGAGGCGGUGCACUACUCGGCGCAGCUGCAGCUUCCCGGCGCGAUGUCCGCGGCGGCCAAGCGGGAGCGCGCGGAGGAGACGCUGCGGGAGAUGGGUCUCGAGGGCGCGGCGAACACGCGCAUCGGCGGGUGGAUGCACAAGGGCAUCAGCGGCGGCCAGCGCCGGCGCGUGAGCAUCUGCAUGGAGAUCCUCACGCGCCCCGCGCUGCUGUUCCUGGACGAGCCCACUAGCGGGCUCGACAGCGCCGCCUCGUACCACGUGAUGAGCAGGAUCGCGCGGCUCGCGCGCCGCGAGGGCAUGACCGUCGUCGCCGCCGUGCACCAGCCCAGCACCGAGGUGUUCGGGCUCUUCCACGGCCUCUGCCUCCUCGCCUACGGCAAGACCGUCUUUUUCGGCCCCGCCGCCGAGACCAACCAGUUCUUCUCUCUGAGCGGGUUCCCCUGUCCAUCACUGAUGAACCCUUCUGACCACUUCCUGAGGACCAUCAACAAGGACUUCGACAAGGAUAUCGAAGGUCUGAACGGGGAGAAAACUACCACUGCUCAGGCGAUCGACACGCUGGUGAACUCGUACAAAUCCUCCGCCUACGUGGAGAAAGUGACGCGGCAGAUCGCCGAUAUACGCGAAACUGGAGGGGCGGUGGUGAAGAAGGAAUGGCAGCCGAGCUUCCUGACGCAAUCCUUCGUGCUCACAAAGAGGUCCUUUGUGAACAUGUACAGGGACCUGGGCUACUACUGGCUGCGGUUCGCCAUUUAUAUCAUGGUGUGCCUCUGCGUCGGCACCGUUUUCUACGAUGUCGGCCACAGCUAUGGAUCAAUCAUGGCUCGUGGCUCCAUGCUCAAUUUCGUCGCCGCUUUCCUCACCUUCAUGGCCAUCGGAGGCUUCCCGUCUUUCGUCGAGGACAUGAAGAUCUUCGGGCGGGAGAGGCUGAACGGGCACUACGGCGUGACGUCCUUCGCGAUCGCGAACACGGUGUCGGCGGCGCCGUACCUGGCGCUCAUCUCCGUCGUGCCCGGCGCCAUGGCCUACUACCUGGUCGGCCUCCAGAGCAGCUUCGGCCACUUCGCCUACUUCGCCCUGGUGCUGUUCACGACCAUGAUGGUCGUCGAGGGGCUCAUGAUGAUCGUGGCCAGCGCCGUCCCCGAUUUCCUCAUGGGCAUCAUCACCGGCGCCGGCAUCCAGGGCGUCAUGAUGCUCAACGGCGGAUUCUUCCGCCUUCCCAACGACCUGCCCAAGCCGGUGUGGCGCUACCCCAUGUACUACAUCGCGUUCCACAAGUACGCCAACCAGGGGUUCUACAAGAACGAGUUCCUGGGCCUCACAUUCCCAAACGACCUGGCCGGCGGCGCCCCCACCAUCUCCGGCGUCGAGAUCCUGAGGGACACCUGGCAGGUGCAGUUAGGGUACAGCAAGUGGGUCGACCUCGCCAUCCUGUGCGUCAUGGUUGUGCUGUACAGGGUUCUGUUCUUGGCCAUCGUGAAACUCACUGAGAAGGUGAAGCCCGUGGUGAAGGGGUUCAGGUUCAGGAACACCGCGCCGUCGGUGCAUGUCGCAGAGCAGGGCUCGGGCAGUCCGUGAUCCACGCACAAGCGGAUCAACACCCAGAUGUCUUUGUUAGUGUUGGGGCAGAGGCUAGUGUGCCAAACCGUAGGCGUAUGCAUGGAUGUGUGAUACAUGUUGCUAGUGUAGUAGUAGCACACUGGUAGUUUAGUACAAUCUUGCAAGGCUUAAUUGCAUGGUCUGGUUCAGUAAUUUGUUUAUGUGUGGGCCGUUGGAAUGGGUCUGUGGAAGUUUGUUUCCCAUUUUGUAGCUUGAAGUGAAAAUAGAUGUUAGAGCCUGUUUGGUAGAGCUCUUUGUUAUUUAAAUUCUCUGUAGAGAAUAAUUUUAUUACUGAAAGUGAUUUUAUAGAAUAAAAUAUAUGGGGUAAGUGAU